CUGGUCCUCACCAGGCCUUAAUCCGUCGAGGAACAUUUCGUUCGAUUCGAGUCCUCGUGAGGGUUAUAUUUAUAGAAUUGACAUGGAUUCGAUAUAGCGUCGAGGAAGACAAAGAACAGCGACAGUGGACGCCACUGUGUUUCAGAGGCAUCUUUAGUUAGACGUCACUCUCUUUGUCGACAGAUCUAGAGCAGUACGGAAGGGCUUCAAUUCGCCUUUACCCUUGGCCAUCACGGCCUCUUUGUCCUGUCAUGUUCAGCCAGGCGUUGAGAGUGAAGGCCAGCUCAUAAUCUCCCAUCCAACUCAUCACCUCGACAACCCUAUCUACUGUUACUCGCCUGGGUGUGAUGGCUCUUCACUGAAAAGGAAAAGGAAAAGUUAAAAGAAAAAAAAAAAGAUGGUGACCGUCGCAGGAGGCGAUAUCUUCCGGCUCAGCGUCGUGACGACGACGACGUCCACUUCGACCUCGACGCCGGCGUCGACCAAGACAACGUCCACGAGCACCGGGCAGGUCCCCGCAACGCACACGGUUCUGGUCGGAAACAAGGAAAACCCAUAUCAGUACUCACCGUACAACCUCACCGCCGCCGUCGGUGAUGUGGUCGUCUUCGCCUUCUACCCAACGAAUCACUCCGUGGUCAAGGCGGAUUUCGGAGCCCCCUGCGUGCCUGCAGCAGGAGAGAUCUUCUACUCGGGCAUGUUCAACACUUUCGACCAGGAGGAUGGAGAGCUGGUCGGUCCACCGCCAACAUGGUCUGUGGUGAUCAAUGACACCGAGCCAACUUUUUACUACUGCACAGCCAUUGACUCCUGUACCGGGAAUGGAAUGGUGGGAGCAAUUAAUCCGAAUGCAACAAUGACCUGGGAAGCGCAGUACAAAAAGGCGCUAACUUACCCCUACAUGCUCGUUCCAGGACAGGAUCCCCCAGCAGAAGGCACCGCUUCUUCUUCUUCUUCUUCUUCUUCUUCUUCCUCGUCGUCGUCGUCUGCCUCUUCCGCCUCCAGCUCAAGUGGUGGACACCGUCUCAGCGUGGGCGACAUUGCAGGGAUUGCGAUCGGAUGUGCCGCUUUCGCCGCCGUGGUCUUUGCCUUCUUCUUUUUUGUCUGGAGACGAAUUCGCGCAUCCAAGAACCCGAGUCCCGAGCGAGCAGUCCCCCGGUGGGCUACACCCAGCUAUAGCACUGCUACUUCUCCUCCUACGCUUCCACUGUCUGUCAUCGGGACUGAGACGGCGGGACAGCACCAUCAUCCAUUGCCGUCAGCCGUGCAGGAACUGCAAGACCAGCAAAAUCAGAAUCAGAAUCAGAAUCAGAACCAGAAUCAACAUUAUACUCCCCCUCCGUCAGUCUCCGUGUCAAGCGCAAGCCCCGGCGCACCCACAUCGCACACGGUAUCGCCACCCAGUACAUCCAUGUCGCAGAGCCAAAGCCCCCCUCCGGCGCAGCAGCCAGUCGGACAGUGGAUCUGGGACGACUCAUGGAUCAAGUAUCAGCAGCAACAAUAUACACAGCGGGAGAUGGUGGUGACGGAGCUCGAGGGAAGCACUGUGCCCAAGUGCUAAAAGAGAGGGAGGAGCGGAAUGAGUGCGAGUUGGAUACUUUCAUUCUCUUUCAUGCCCUUCGUGCCUUUGUGCUUUUAGAUGUCAAUCUUUCUUUUCUUCCUUUUUUUUUUAUUCAUUGAUGAGUCGAUGGAGGUGGUAGCUUGGAGAAGUAUAGUUUUUGAGUCCAUUCUGCUACUACUACUUUUCAAUUGAGACUGUUUUAAUGCUAGUG